AUGAUAGAGAAAUUGGUUCUUCUAAGGAGAGUUGAAUUGCUUUACCUGAACUCUCGUCUCUUAGGGAAAUUGAUGUGGGAACAACUUCAGUUAUCAUUUGAGACUGUUGAGGCUCUUCUUGCACUCUCCUCAAUCUUUUCUCUCCCCAGAUUUUCAGACACAGGCUUCACAAUAAACGGAGUUCAGUAUGAAGGCAGCGUGCUUUGUGUUGGCAGUUUGGUUUUGUCAUGGAGCCCUAAAAAGUUGUCAGAGAUCACUGCUGAUAGUCUAUCGGUCCUUCAACUGUUGCGGCCUGCACCAGAGAUUUUUGUUCUUGGAUGUGGGAGGUUCACUGUGCCUAUUGAUCCGGAGCUCAUGCGCUUCAUUCGGUCAAAUGGCAUGAAGUUAGAAGCAAUAGACUCGAGAAAUGCUGCAUCCACUUUCAAUAUUUUGAAUGAGGAAGGGAGAAUGGUGGCUGCUGCACUACUUCCUUAUCGAGUUCAAGAAUGAAAACAUCCCCUUGGAUAUCCAUUCUCUUACCUGAAUUCCUUCAUAGUAGGGCCAUUUAAACAAAGAAAAUCCAAUGGAGUUGUAUCCAUUACAGAUCAGUGUUUAAGGAAACAUGCUUUCUAUGUAUUUUGCCUCUGCGAAUGUUCACGAAGGAGAGUGGGAGAUUCCAAAUGGGAGCACUUCUUGGGACUUAAAUGACCCUGCAAGGGACAAUAAUAAGAAGAGAACGAAGAAGAGUUCUUCUUU